CGUGGACGGGAGGAAGGAGGCGGGGCCAAAGUAGGCGGACGGGUAGUCUCUCUUGUUUGCACAUUGCCAGGCUGACUCUGAAGUUUGUGUUCCUGAGACCAGGAGGAAUUUGGCCUGAAGUCGACCGAGCGGACCCCCUCAAAAACGACAUCAUCAUCACAUCAUCAUCAUCAUCAUCAACAUGCUGAUCCUCCUCGCCGGCAUCUUCGCCCUGCACAUCAUCUGCAUCAUCCUCCUGCUGGUGGCCACCAUCGACAACGGUUGGUGGGUGUCCGAGACCCUGUCCACUGAUGUGUGGGCCCGCUGGGUGUACAACAAUGGAGUGUGGAACUACACCGACCUCCCAACAGGCUCGCACUACCCAGAGGACUACCUCCAGGCGGUGCAAGCCACCUCAGUGCUGGCCUGCAUCUUCUCCAUCCUGGGCAUCUUCGUGUUCGCCGCGCAGCUCUUCACCUUGAAAAAGGGAGAGCGCUUCACCAUCUCCGGCGUUUUCCAAGCCCUGGCCUGCCUGUGCAUCAUGAUCGCCGCCUCCAUCUACACCGACCAAUUCCACCUGGACGAGAGCGUGGGUUCCUACGGCCACUGCUACAUCCUGGCGUGGAUCUCCUUCGCCCUCACCUUCAUCUCCACCAUCAUUUACUUUGUGCUACGCAAGAAGACCGCGUGAUCGCCACGCCGGAGCUAAACUCCGUUUGACUGGAUCUCUUCUUUUAGGCACACAAAAAAAUGAUUUUGGUAACUGAGCAAUUGCAGACUGUAACAUUCUUAAAAGACAGCGCCGAUCAAUUGAUGGAAUAUUCUUUUUUUUUCUUUUUUUUUUUCUCGGAACAUAAGGCGCACCAGCAGGCACAAGGCAUUGAUACAACAUUGAUUAUGCGUACGUGUCCUUUAGAACGGACUUUGAAACAACAGGGAAAAAUAGUUGUAUUUGUACAUUGAGACAACGUUGAUGUCGAACGUUGGAUCCACGUUGUUGGUUGUUGGAAAAUGACCAAAAUUCAAUGGUCAAAUGCAUCAAACAUCAAAUCAACGUCGUGAAAAAGCACGUUGUUUCAACGUUGUAUUUGUGUUAUGGGAUACUAGUUAGAAAAUGACCAAAAUUCAAUGGUCAAAUCAACGUCAGAACCUGACAUUGAUUGAACGUCGUCAAAAAGUAUGUUGUUUCAACGUUGUAUUUGUACCGUGGAAUAUUAGUUGGGAAAUGACCAAAAAUUACAUCAAACGUCAAUUCAACGUCGUCAAAAAGCAUGUCGUUUCAACGUUGUAUUUGAGUUGCAGAAUAUCGGUCAGAAAAUGACCAAACUUCAACGU